UGGACAUAAAACCGCGGUGCUUGCCCUGACGCGGUGGGUGCAGAGUGCCAGCUGUGGCCCCGCGUUGGAUUCCACUUAGAUUUUGGAGGGUUUGACUGCAUGGUGCCAUAAGUCUCUGGGAACAAACACUGAACACACCACUGACUGAAAGCCUGGUCUCCACCGUCCCUUCAUUUCUCACCCAAGCUCCUGCAUGUCUGAUAUUUAGACAUGUUCAGCUUUGUGGAUUCAAGGACUGUUCUGCUACUUGUAGCAUCCCAAGUUGUUUUACUAUCCGUGGUCAGAUGUCAGGAGGAGGACGACCAGGAGGCAGGUGGCUGCAUCCAGGACGGCCAGCAGUAUAAUGAUAAGGAUGUGUGGAAGCCAGAGCCGUGUCGUAUCUGUGUGUGCGACAGCGGAGCGGUUCUGUGUGAUGAGAUAAUCUGCGAGGAUAUCAAAGAGUGUGCCAACCCUAUCUUCCCAUCUGGAGAGUGCUGUCCCAUCUGCCCUGCUGAUGCCAGUGCCCCCAUUGAGACAGUUGGUGCUAAGGGCCAGAAAGGUGAACCCGGAGAGAUUGCAGAUGUUGUAGGACCAAAAGGACCACCUGGCCCUAUGGGACCCCCAGGUGAGCAGGGAACACGCGGAGAAGCUGGCGCUAAGGGUGAUAAGGGAAAUCCUGGACCUCGAGGAAGAGAUGGUGAGCCUGGCAUCCCCGGAAACCCCGGCCCAGCUGGACCACCUGGGCCACCAGGUCUUGGAGGGAACUUUGCUGCUCAGAUGGCUGGAGGUUUUGACGAAAAGGCCGGAGGCGCUCAGAUGGGUGUGAUGCAAGGACCAAUGGGUCCUAUGGGUCCUCGUGGUCCCCCUGGACCUUCUGGAGCUCCUGGGCCACAGGGUUUCCAAGGUUCCCCUGGAGAGGCUGGAGAGCCUGGUCCAGCUGGAGCAAUGGGACCUCGUGGACCACCUGGACCUUCUGGAAAACCAGGAAGUGAUGGUGAGGCUGGCAAACCUGGCAAAGCUGGUGAGCGUGGACCUGCAGGGCCUCAGGGAGCUCGUGGAUUCCCUGGAACUCCUGGACUUCCUGGAAUCAAAGGACACAGAGGUCAUCCUGGUCUGGAUGGAGCUAAAGGAGAGACUGGUGCUGCAGGAGCCAAGGGUGAGGGUGGUGCCCCUGGUGAGAAUGGUGCUCCUGGACCCAUGGGCCCACGUGGUCUGCCUGGUGAGAGGGGACGUCCUGGAGCUGCUGGAGCUGCAGGUGCCCGUGGAAAUGAUGGCCUGCCUGGUCCUGCUGGUCCACCUGGGCCUGUUGGUCCUGCUGGAGCUCCCGGUUUCCCAGGAUCCCCAGGAGCCAAGGGAGAAGCUGGCCCUACUGGCGCCCGUGGAGCUGAGGGUGCACAGGGACCACGCGGAGAGGCUGGUACCCCAGGAUCUCCCGGACCCGCCGGAGCAUCGGGUAACCCCGGUACUGAUGGUAUUCCUGGAGCUAAGGGAUCUGCUGGUGCUCCUGGUAUUGCUGGUGCCCCUGGAUUCCCCGGCCCCCGUGGCCCACCUGGACCACAGGGAGCCACCGGACCUCUGGGGCCAAAGGGACAGUCUGGAGACCCUGGUCUUCCUGGAUUCAAAGGUGAAGCUGGACCCAAAGGAGAGCUUGGCCCUGCUGGUCCACAAGGUCCCCAUGGCCCAACUGGUGAAGAAGGAAAGAGAGGCGCCAGAGGAGAGCCUGGAGCUGCUGGACCACUUGGACCUCCAGGAGAGAGAGGAGCUCCUGGUAACCGUGGAUUCCCUGGUCAGGAUGGUCUUGCUGGUGCUAAGGGUGCCCCCGGUGACCGUGGUGUUCCUGGUGCUGCUGGCCCUAAAGGUGCUACUGGAGACCCUGGACGCACAGGAGAGUCUGGCCUUCCCGGAGCCAGAGGUCUUACUGGUCGUCCCGGAGAUGCUGGUCCUCAGGGCAAAGUUGGACCCUCUGGUGCUGCUGGUGAGGACGGUCGCCCCGGCCCACCUGGUCCUCAGGGAGCCCGUGGACAGCCAGGAGUGAUGGGAUUCCCUGGACCAAAGGGAGCCAAUGGUGAAGCUGGAAAGCCAGGAGAGAAGGGUCUUGUGGGUCGUCCUGGUCUGAGAGGUCUGUCUGGAAAAGAUGGUGAGACUGGUGCUAGUGGACCUCCUGGCCCUGCUGGACCUGCUGGAGAGAGAGGAGAGCAAGGACAGCCUGGACCUUCUGGCUUCCAGGGUCUGCCUGGACCCGCUGGUUCCCCUGGAGAGGCUGGAAAACCUGGAGAUCAAGGUGUUCCUGGAGAGGGCGGAGCUCCUGGUGCUGUUGGACCUAGAGGAGAACGUGGAUUCCCUGGUGAGCGCGGUGGUGCUGGAUCUCAGGGUCUUCAGGGACCCCGUGGACUUCCUGGAACACCUGGAUCUGAUGGACCCAAGGGAGCCAUUGGACCAGCUGGUGCUGCUGGACCUCAGGGACCCCCCGGCCUGCAGGGUAUGCCUGGAGAGAGAGGAACUGGUGGCAUCCCAGGACCUAAGGGAGACAGAGGUGACAAUGGACAGAAGGGACCCGAGGGUGCUCCUGGAAAGGAUGGCUCCAGAGGUUUGACUGGUCCUAUUGGUCCUCCUGGCCCAUCUGGACCCAACGGUGCCAAGGGUGAGACUGGACCUAGUGGACCUUCUGGUGCUCCUGGUACUCGCGGUGCUCCUGGUGACCGUGGUGAGGGCGGUCCUCCUGGACCUGCUGGCUUUGCUGGACCUCCUGGUGCAGAUGGUCAGCCCGGUGCCAAGGGAGAGCUUGGUGAGGGUGGACAGAAGGGAGAGGCUGGUGCUCCUGGACCCCAGGGACCAUCAGGGGCUCCUGGACCUGUGGGACCUACUGGUGUAUCUGGACCUAAAGGAGCUCGUGGUGCUCAGGGAGCUCCUGGUGCCACUGGUUUCCCUGGUGCUGCUGGCAGAGUUGGACCUCCUGGCCCUAAUGGUAACCCUGGUGCUGCUGGUCCUGCUGGUCCUGCUGGUAAAGACGGACCAAAGGGUGCUCGUGGUGACGCCGGUGUCCCAGGAAGACAGGGAGACGCUGGGCUUCGUGGACCUCCUGGACAACAAGGAGAGAAGGGAGAGGCUGGAGAGGAUGGACCACCUGGUGCUGAUGGACCUUCAGGUCCUCAGGGUCUGGCUGGAUCCCGUGGUAUUGUUGGUUUGCCCGGUCAGCGUGGAGAGAGAGGCUUCCCUGGUCUCCCUGGACCUUCUGGAGAGCCUGGCAAACAGGGAGCUCCUGGUUCUGGUGGCGACCGUGGACCUCCUGGACCUGUGGGACCCCCUGGACUUACUGGACCAGCUGGAGAGACUGGUAGAGAGGGUACCCCAGGAUCAGAUGGACCUCCUGGUAGGGACGGAGCUGUUGGAGCCAAGGGAGAGCGAGGUAACACUGGGCCUUCUGGCGCCCCUGGAGCUCCCGGUGCCCCUGGUGCCCCCGGACCCGUUGGACCCCUCGGCAAGCAGGGAGACAGAGGAGAGUCUGGUGCUCAAGGACCUGGAGGACCCCCUGGACCCGCUGGUGCUAGAGGAAUGGCUGGUCCCCAAGGACCACGUGGAGACAAGGGAGAGGCUGGUGAGACUGGAGAGAGGGGACAGAAGGGUCACCGUGGAUUCACUGGUCUGCAGGGUCUUCCUGGACCUCCUGGUCCCGCUGGAGAUUCUGGAGCUGCUGGACCUGCAGGACCAAGCGGUGCCAAGGGACCACCUGGACCAGCUGGACCUGCUGGCAAAGAUGGAUCUAAUGGACAGCUUGGCCCUAUUGGACCUCCUGGACCUCGUGGACGCUCUGGAGAGACUGGUCCUGCUGGUCCUCCUGGUAACGCUGGACCCCCUGGUCCUCCUGGUCCUCCCGGCCCCGGCAUCGACAUGUCUGCCUUCGCCGGUCUGGGUCAGACUGAGAAGUCCCCCGAUCCUCUCAGGUACAUGAGGGCUGAUGAGGCCUCCAGCUCCCUGAGGCAGCACGACGUCGAGGUUGAUUCCACACUCAAGUCCCUCAACAACCAGAUUGAGAACCUGCGCAGCCCCGACGGCUCCCAGAAGAACCCUGCUCGCACCUGCAGAGACCUGAAACUGUGCCACCCUGAGUGGAAGAGCGGUGACUACUGGGUUGACCCCAACAUUGGCAGCACUGCCGAUGCCAUCAAGGUCUUCUGCAACAUGGAGACUGGAGAGACCUGCGUCUACCCGAACAUCGCCAAGGUACCACAGAAGAACUGGUGGACCAGCAAGAGCAAGGACCGCAAACACAUCUGGUUCGGAGAGACCAUGAAUGGAGGAUUCCACUUCGACUACGCUCAGGAUGGACCUGCUGCCAACGCUGCCAGCGUCCAGCUGACCUUCUUGAGGCUUCUGUCCACUGAGGCAUCCCAGAACCUCACUUACCACUGCAAGAACAGCAUUGCCUACAUGGACCAGACCACAGGCAACCUGAAGAAGGCUUUGCUGCUGCAGGGCUCCAACGAUGUGGAGAUCCGUGCAGAGGGCAACAGUCGCUUCACAUACAGCGUGUUGGAGGAUGGCUGCAAGAAACACACAGACCGAUGGGGCAAGACUGUCUUUGAGUACAAAACACAGAAGACCUCCCGUCUGCCAAUCGUGGACAUUGCUCCUAUGGACAUCGGAGGAGCGGAUCAGGAGUUUGGCGUGGAUGUAGGCGCAGUCUGCUUCUUGUAAAGUGGAGUAUCACAAUGGCCCCCCAAAUAACAGGAAAUAAAUGAAACUCAACCAUGAAACAUUACACACACUUCCACAAUAAAGAAGACUGGAAAUUAUAAAAGAAAAUUGAUACUUUUUCUCUCACAACGAAGUGCUCUCCAAGUUGUACUCCCUGGAUGUUAGCACUGAAGGGCACCGGCAAUAUCUGUACACCACACCAGCAUUCUCUGUCAACCCGCUUCCUGAGAUCCAGUCAUGUUUCCCAUGGCCCACUGUUGACGGGAAUGAGUCAGAGCCAGGAGGAAGAGGGACCAAGCGAACAAGUUAUGGAGAACAGAAACAUGACUUGAUGUCACUUAUUUAUUGUCUAACCUGAAUGGGCAGAGUUGAGGUAGGACUGGACGGGUUUACUUUGUAAGUACGACAAGCCCCCUUUCCACUACAGAACAGCCGCACAACCUCUGUCCCAGUCCUACUCCAUCUCCCUCCCUGUUUCCCUCCUGACACACAAAUACGGCAUUUUGAAUCAGUGUAGACCAAAAACAUAUAUAUAUUCUCAGUAAGUAAAAUCAAAUCCAGGUGCUCCAGGCCUGUCCAUCACGAGCAGGAGCAAAACCUUUACUGUGUAUUAUAAAUCCUUGGUUCUAUUGUUGUAAAAGUCUGUGUUUAUAAACAACCAGAUGGUUUUAUAUAUAUUUCCACAUUAUGUGUGUACAUGUGUCUAUAUGCACACCAACACUUUUUGGAAAGUGAGGAUACAUUUGGGAUGUAUGUUUCAGUGUCCUGUACCCCAUGACUGCCCAUCAGAAGAAGGCCCAGUUCUCCAAAAAAAAAAAAAGAAAAAAAGAUUUGUUUUGAAGAAUUUGAGGGAAAUCAAUUUUGCCUUUUUAUUGUAGUCAUCCAGAUCGUUUAAAGCUACCUCACGCUGAAAAACAAAGUGAAAAUGUUGAGUUUAAAUCUGAGCUGACCAAAACAUUAGCUUUCAGGUGGAUCUGGGGCUGAACGGCCAUCUUUGCUUUGGGUUGCUCUCUCUUCAGAAGGUGCUAUGAGUUCUGUAAUUCUCCACCAAACGCCCCCCCCCCUCCCCCUACCCGAAAUCCCACUAGCCUCACACCACACAUUCACACUCCACCCUGGAGGAGGGGUGCAGCCGGGUUAAGACAGGGGAGACAGGGGCUACUUGGAGACCUCCUCUUGAGUCCAGAUCCCCAAAGCUGAGCGUGGGACUCUGAGGACGGUCACUUAAUAAAAAAAAAAAAAACCAGGGUGGGUUGUCUCUGUGUGUGUGAGGGCGUGUACAUUUUUUUAAUUAAUUUUAUUAUGACCAUGAUCAUUUUUGUUUUUAUUUUGUUACACUUCUAAUUGCUGUAAAUUGGAAAAUAAAAGGAAAACCGAAUUAAGAAUGAAGUUGAUUUUUAAUUGAGUUUUGAAUAAAAACAGAAAUGGCGCGGGGAUGUAUUUCUUCUCUCAACAGAACCAUUCAUGUGUGCUUAAAUGUUUUUUUUUUUUUUUGUUAAACUUGUAUUUCUUGAGGUCAGUUACUCUUGACUGUGAGUGCGUAGUCAGUGUGCAUGUGUGUGUGUGUGUGAAAGUUUAAGACUGUGAUGCAAGUGUGUGUUUUCAUGAGAGAAUCUCAUAACAAAAAGGAACAAACGUACUGUAUUCGUUCUGCGGUUUCAGGGUGGGGCUGGGCGUCGUUGGCUCCUGUUUGUCUGAACUAAUAGGCAUAAAUAAAGAACAUUUUGUUGACUGGAAUCUAGUAUUUUGUAGAGUAAUGAUGCAUGAACAGCUGCAUCACUACUUGUCUGUACUGUGGCCUGCUUCCUCUCCGGUCUGUCCUGAGAAAUAAAAGCUUGACUUAAGCCUCCA